AUGGAGGGAAAGCGAACGGUGCGAUUCGGCUGCAGGACAACAACCAUUCUGCUGUGCAUUUUCACAACCGUGACGGUUCAAACACAGGCACUGAAGACGAACCUGACUAUUAUGGGGUUCUUCCCGAACUCGGAGGCCGGUUUUGACGGGAGUGAAGGCAGCGGAGUGCCGGCGGCCGUGGAGCUAGCUCUUCAGGAUAUCAACGACAACAACAACGUGUUGGCUGACUACAACUUGGUCAUGCUUUGGAACGGAACUAAGUGCGAUCCUGCCAUAGGAACCAAAGUGUUCUUUGACGCCAUGUACCAGCUCCCUCCCAAACUGAUGCUGUACGGAGGCACGUGUUCCAGUGUGACGUCACUCAUCAGCAUGUCGGCGCCCUACUGGGACCUCACGCAGCUGUCUUACGACGUGACGUCACCCGAGUUCUCCGACAGGAAGAAGUACCCCACGUUCUUUCGAACCGUGCCCUCUGACCUGGACUUUAACCCGGCCAGACUGAGGCUGCUGAGGCACUUCAACUGGACACGUGUGGCGACGCUAUACCAGGACGAGCCAAAUCUGGCAAUAGUUCACAGCCAAUUGGAAAGUUCGCUUGUGAAGGCGGGGAUGAACUUCACGGCACAAGGGUUCGUGGACGUGGAGUCUGCCAGGCUGCGGAUGAAACAAAUCAAGGAUUCAGACGCUCGGAUCAUUCUGGGUCUCUUUGACGAAACCAUGGCCAGACAUGUCUUCUGUGAGGCUUACAAACUGAACCUGUACGGGAAGCGGUACGCCUGGGUUCUGAACGGACCCUACAGCAGGGGCUGGUGGAACGCCAGUGCGGACUGCACCCGGGACCAGAUGCGCACGGCUGUGGAGGGCGCGCUCGUUUCCAACUUCCUGGAACGGAGCUCCAGUAACCACAGGACAAUUUCCGGGAAGACGCCAGCAGAGUACGAGCGGCAGUACCACGAGCGCGUGUCCGGCAGAAGGACUGAGAACCGUUUCCACGGUUACGCCUAUGACGGCGUGUGGGUGAUCGCCCUGGCGCUGGACAAGGUCCUGAGACAGCUACAGCAGGAGGGGAACGUGCCCAGGGUCAAACUCACGUACGAGAGGCAAGAGGACAUGAAGAUGUUCAUGUUUGACGCUGUCAAAGAGACGGACUUUCAAGGCGUUACGGGAAAAGUGAGAUUCAGAGACGGCGAUAGGCUUGGGACAAUCCUGUAUGAGCAGAUCCAAGAAGGCUCCGAGGUUCGAGUUGGAGAAUACUUUGCAGAAAAUGAUUCAAUUGCUCUACACAACGUGCAAUGGCAAGGGGACAAUCCCCCUCGAGACAAGACCCUGCGAGUGGAGGAACUGAGGAGAGUUCCGCUGGCCCUGUACCUCAUGAUCAGCGUCAUGGCCAUGUUAGGGGUCUUCAUGGCCAUCGUGUUCCUCUUCUUCAACAUCAAAUACAGGAAUCAAAGGUUUGUGAAGAUGUCCAGCCCAUACCUGAACACGCUCAUCAUAGUGGGCUGCAUCCUGAUCUACCUGUUUGUGUGUCUCCUGGGUCUGGACGGAGCGCUGAUCUCUGAGACGACAUUUGAAGUACUCUGCACAGUGCGCACGUGGAUGCUGACGGUGGGCUUCACCCUUGCGUUCGGGGCCAUGUUCAGUAAGACCUGGCGAGUUCACGUCAUCUUCACCAACACCAAGAUGAAGAAAAUGGCGAUCAAGGACGUGAAGCUGUUCGGCAUCGUGGCCGUGCUUCUCCUGAUGGACAUCGUGAUUCUCACUACCUGGCAGGUCGUGGACCCGCUAACGAGGGGGCUACAGACGUUUCCCGCAGAGCCUGGGAGAGAAGUGACUGUGGUGCCGGUACUGGAACAUUGUGACAGCAACAACUUUACCCUGUGGCUGGCUGUCAUCUUUGUGUACAAGGGACUGCUUCUGAUCUUUGGCUGUUUCCUUGCCUGGGAGACCCGGCACGUGAACAUCCCUGCCCUGAACGACAGUAAGUACAUCGGCAUGAGCGUGUACAAUGUCGUCAUCAUGUGCGUCAUCGGGGCUGGCAUCUCAUUCGUCAUCAAGGACCGCCAGAACGAGGCCUUCGUGCUGACGUCACUCUUCAUCAUCCUCUGCACCACCAUCACGCUCUGCCUGGUGUUCGUGCCAAAGCUAGUGACCAUGAGAAACAUGGCGGCCGAGGAGAGGACAAAGUUCAAGUGCAUGCUGACCCGCCGCUCGGGGUCAAAGGGCACGGACUCUGACAAGCAGAUGUCGGCCGCAGAGAAAACCAGAAGACUCCUCAUCGAGAACUACAAACUCAAGAAAACGCUACAAGAUAAAGCGGAACAGCUGGACUCCCUGAUGAGACAGCUGCAGGUGGACAGCGACAUCGACGCUGAUGCAGAAACGACGUGCAGCUACGUCAGAGACACCUGUCAGGACUCCCCACGGUCACCCUCAAUGUCAGGCUCCCUGCUGAUAGUCCCUGAUGGACGGAAACACAAAUCAGGCAGCCUCGCCUCCUCUUACUCAGCCAGCAGUGCAGAACUGGACGCUUCAGACAUGAAAACGUCCUCUACCCAGUCAAGUGUUUCGUUCAACCUGCCGCCAUCUUUGUCCGGAAGCAACCUUGGGAACGAGACCAGCCAGGACAUCAAGAUGCACCGGAAGUGCAACGGAACCAGACUGGAUCCAGCGGAACAGAAUAAGACAGUUGUGAGAAAGCAAAUCCUGAUCACCAUGGUUACCAACGUAUAA